AUGGUAGCGUCGUGGACGAGGAUGUCUUUGAUGUCAGGCCUGGUGGCAUGGUCCGCCAUCAGCAGCGCCUGGGGAGCCUUCGAUGUGUCACUUAGCGAGGGCAUGGGCGAACAAGGGACUGCAGAGGGCGCUAUUGGUGAGCCCAGCAACCGUCGGAGAGCAGAAGACGUGAGGGCCCGCGGAAAUCGCGUCCGGGGCAAAGAAGGUUACCCCUGUGGAAGAGGCAGUGAGGAGACGAAGAUUAUCGUGUUUGGAGAUUCGAACUCGGACGCCGGCAGGAGGUUCAACUCACCUAACGUGUAUCGCUUCCCCGACAUUGGAGUGUACCCUUGGGAGAAGGUUUAUGAUGCCGAUGGCGAGAUGCAGGGGAUGGUGGAUGUAUACCAUAAAGGUACUAACACGAACGGAAAGGUGUGGGCGCAGUACCUCAACAUACCCAAUGUGCAAAACUACGCCACCGGGUCCGGCACUGCCACGGACACCUUCCGUUCUCAACAGCUGUGCACUGGGUACACUGCUAAAGCAGAAAAAAACAGAAGGCGGACUGGGACUCUCGGCGAGCAGAUGACGAAGUACCUCAAGGACUUCUCGCGGGAAGACGGCAAGAUCGGAUGCAGUAGAGAAUACACUCACUUUAUUGGCAUCGGGAUGAACGACAUCUCCAAUGUGGCUGAAGCCAUGCAACGGACGGCCUUAGCCGAGUAUCUUGGCGUCACGUACACCGAACCGGUUGCCGUUGAUGACAUGAACUUUGUCACCAUGAUGCAGGGAGUGACAGACGACAUAGUUGCUGCAGUGGCUACCCUGAUCGAGAUGGGUGUGACGGGCCGCAUCCUCGUACCCAACUUCCCGUCCCCAUUUGGAGUCCCGGCAUUCGAUUCACCUGACGUUUACUACGGUUUAACACUAGCGGAGUUCUACGACCAGUUCAUCACGAAGAUGAAUACCAUGCUGGAUUUUAAGUUGUCCGCGCUGUCCAGCGCUGGAGAAGAUCAAGUGCGCGUGCUCGAUCUUUACAGCCUUAUCGACUCCUCCGUCCAUGACCGCGACAUUUUCAAUGAGGAGGGCUUCAAGACUCCUUCAACUCCCGAGCAGUGCCUGACUUACAACUUCCACGUUGAUUCUUCCACGGAUAUUUUGGGUUCCCAGGCUCAGGCUCUUCGCGGGAAACUUUUCGACUGGGCGCAAUGCGAUAACUAUGGCCCUACGGAUGAGUGUGUGCUGUGCCAAGACCAGAUGUCACCUUGCCAGAAUUGCCUGGUAGACCCACCGACAAUCUCCGUGUGCGAUUCCCCCGACGAAUACAUAUUCUGGGACGGCUUGCACACGACCGACGCCUUCAACAAGGUCUUCGCGAACGCUGUCUUCGAGUGCUCGAAGGACGAGCCUGACGGCUGCCAGCCUUGGGUGGGCAAGCUCUGUUCCUAUGCAGCUUCUGCCGGCUGCAGUGAUGAAGAAUACUGAUGUGCCUUGUACCCAAUUGUAGUCCAAUGGGGUGCGAACUGGCCGAAUAACCAUCGACUGCGAUAAAACCUCCAUGUGCGGCCAAUGUUGCGCUGCGAUGGCAAUUGCGAUGGUACUUGUCAUAAAAACUACGGCACAAUUGUGAUGAAAGUUGUAAUGAAAGUACCACCAGGAUGGAUCCAACUGUGCCCAAUAUUGAUCGACAUUGGUCAGCGUUCGUAUUACCUUCAAUACCAGCGUACACUUCCAGCCAUAGCUAUAGUUGAUAAAAAAUGGUCACAAUUGGUCGAUGUUGAAUAUAUAUAUAGCAAUAGUGGACGACGUGAGAAACAGUGAUGAUGAGGUUAUGGUAAUCAUUUCGUGGAAGCUGUCCGACUUGGAUUGGCACCGAUGAGUAUUUUCCGGAGCUCGGGCAGUGUUCACGAAUAUUGAUCAGUAUUUAUUUAUUUAUUUUUGCCAGUAUUGUUUCAUGGUGAUGGAAGUGUGGCCAGAAGUGUCGAGCAAACGUACUACAGUAAUGAUUUGACAGUGUGAU